AUGGAGGGAGAACAGGUGGUAGAUCUUCCUACUCACCCGACGGUUCAACUACAGACCACUACCUUUCCGGGGUACCCUACACAAUCGCUUUCCCCGUCCUUCAAGGUAGAUGAAGGCUAUUCGGACGAGACUCGGAGUCAGACGGAUAAAGAGCAUGCAACGGACAAUGUCAUGAUGCUUCCAGAAUGGGUGCUUGCCCAAAGUGAGUCCGAAAGAGCUGAACUUGCGUACAGCCUGCUUCGCUCGCUCUCGACACCUACGCUUUCCGGGGUAGUAGAACGGGUGCAUCCACUACUUCACAUGGACCCCGUCGUCAAGUUACCGCCCGAGUUGACAUUCCAGAUCUUUUCCUAUCUCGAACCUCGCACCCUAUUGAAUCUCACACUUGCGUCUCGUUCAUGGCGCAACCGCAUCCUCGAUUCUGGCUUAUGGAGAGUGCUGUAUAUCAAUGAAGGUUGGCGAGCAAAUUCGCGCGCGAUCUAUAAUUUUGAGCAAGAACACUCUGAGCCAAUUUCCCCACAAAUCCGCAAAUCACGCCCACGACACUCAGAAUCGGACCUCGGAGAACCCAAACACAAGAAGCGUGUACCGCCAUCAUGGCUAAGCUCACGGACUGCUGCAGACCCGGGUGCAGUACAGGCAAACUGUACUUUGCAUACCCAAGCUGACAGCGAAGGAGAUCAUCAUAUGGCAGAUGCGAACGGCAGCGCGCCUCUAUCAACAGACAAUAUGCAAACGACAUCUGUUCCCCAGCUUCCUUCUAUGCUCCAACCACCACUCAAAUCAUCCAUCCUCAUUCGGCGCCCGAACGGCACUGCUAAGAUCAACUGGGUACACCUGUACAAGCAACGCCGACGGCUUGAAGAUAACUGGCAUCAAGGUCGAUUCAAAAACUUCCAGCUACCACACCCAUUACACCCAGAAGAGGCUCAUCGAGAAUGUGUUUAUGCAAUUCAAUUCCAGGGGAAAUGGCUGGUCAGCGGAAGUCGGGACAGGACCGUACGGGUUUGGGAUUUGGAGACCAAGCGACUAUGGCAUCGUCCAUUAAUCGGACAUGUCAAAUCUGUGCUAUGUCUACAAUUCGAUCCGAGUCCCGACGAGGACAUCAUUAUUUCCGGCAGCAGUGACCGUUCUGUAAUUGCAUGGAAAUUCUCCACGGGUCAAAAGAUACAUCAAAUCCACAGUGCGCACGCCGAUUCAGUACUGAACCUCAAAUUCGAUCGUCGAUACCUUGUGACCUGCUCCAAAGAUCGAACAGUCAAGGUGUGGAAUCGUCGAGAGCUAUCCGUGACGGAUGAGAAUUAUCCUACCAUCUGCAAAGGCGGUGGUGCCAGCUAUCCCUCGUAUAUCAUUGACCUUAACGAAAUAGCACCGAGCCUUUUGGAAGCAAGCUUGGCAAAUGGACGCAUAAAGCCACUGGAGCCUUUCUCACUUCUCAUGAUCGUCGAAGGGCACGGUGCAGCGGUAAAUGCCAUGCAGCUCCAAGGCGACGAGAUCAUCACAGCCUCAGGGGAUCGCAUGAUCAAAGUGUGGAACGUCCGUAACGGUGCUUGCCUGAAGACUUUAAUGGGACACGAGAAAGGGAUUGCUUGUGUUCAGUCUGAUGGUCGACGGAUCAUUAGCGGGAGUAAUGACAACACGGUACGAAUCUACGAUUAUGCUUCCGGGGCACAGGUCGCCUGUCUCAAAGGACACGAAAAUCUCGUUCGCACCGUCCAGGCAGGCUUCGGCGACCCUCCUGGAGCUACCGAGGCUCUAAGACUGGAGGCAUUGGAAGUUGAAAAUGCAUUUUGGAAAGCACAGCAAGAAGGUGAUCCUGUCGAGAUGGGUCCAAGGGACCUACGACGUGCUGGUUAUAGAUCGAAUACUGCGGGAUCUCGUGAUCCUCGUGAUAUAACUGCCAUAGGUGCGAAGAUUCCUCCAAAUGGCGGAGGCAGUACUUGGGGCCGUAUUGUCUCUGGCUCCUAUGAUGAACAUAUCUUUAUUUGGCACAAAACCCGAGACGGUACUUGGUCCAGAAAGCACGAGUUGCGCCAAGCCGAUGCAGUGGCCAAUGCCGCUCGUGCCACCCUGACACCAACAGCACGAGCUACUAUCUCGGCGCAGGCUCAACAACUACAAGCUGCUCAAAAUCCAGGGCCGGUUCAGGUUUCUGCUCCUGUACCCACACAGGUUGUAUCUUCUUCAGAAGGCACUCCAAGCGAUGCGCCGUCUGCUGUUAACACCACAACUACGGGCCCCGCCCAGCAAAAUGGUGUAGCUCCACAACCUCAGCCUCCAGCCCAGGCAAAUCCAACACUGCAACCGCAAACUCCCCAGGCCAACCCGCAAGCAGUACAACAAUUGAUGGCUCACCACCACCAUCACCAUCACCCACACCGACCACUUCAGCCCAGUCCACCAACCUCAAGGGUUUUCAAAGUCCAGUUUGAUUCUCAUAAGAUCAUUUGUGCCAGUGUUGACCCACGAAUCGUAGGCUGGGACUUUUCCAACGACGAUGAAGAGAUUAUCGAAGCAACCCCAUUCUUCGAGAGCCUAUGA